AGAAUAGAUAUCCUGCGGUGACGAACCACUUCUAUACUUUUGUGUGUUUAAGAAAAAGGUGCUGAUGAGAGUCCUACCGCGUCACCUUAGACGCAAUUCUCAGCUGUUGUCAUCACACACAUAUCAAUAAUGAGAGGGGUAAGAUGUCUUGGGCUACAGUGGCGCCGAUGUGUCUGAAGAAGACAGAGGGGACUAUCGAUCAACGCUGACUCUCCUCUACAGGAGGACAUUAGGAGAGAAGACGUCAGUGAAGAACAUCUUCCCCCUAAACAGCAGGACUGGAGCUUCAGGAUGAAGCAAGAGGAGCCACAGCCGCCCUACAUAAAAGAAGAAAAGGAGGAGCCACAGCCCCCCCACAUUAAAGAGGAAGAUGAGGAUCACAGCAUCAGUCAGGAGGGAGAGCAUCUCGAUGGACUGGAGGAGUUCCCAGGGUUUGGUGUCCCUGUGAAGAGUGAAGAUGAUGAAGACAAAGAUCAAAGUGAGGAGAAGACAGAGGUGGAGCCUCCAAGCAGCAGCUCAACUCAACACAUGACAAAGGAAGCUGAUGGAGACCACUGUGGAGGAUCACAAGCAGACUGUCUCUCAGCUCCGCUAUCAGAUAGUGAUAAUACAACGUUACACUCACCUGACACCGAAGAUGAAGACUCUACAGCUGAUAUGACUUGUCACACUGACAACACACUCUUUAAAUGCUGUCAGUGCGACGAAACCUUUUGCAUGAGGAGAAAUCAGAAAAGACACACAUAUCAUGCCAACAGGAAAUGGAAAUGCUCUCAAUGUAGCAAAGCUUUAAACAGUAGGUCAUCUCUGGAAACGCACAUGAGGGUUCACACAGGAGAGAAACCAUAUGUCUGCACAGUUUGUUGUCACGCAUUCUCUCAAAAAGCAACUUUGACAGCACACACAAGAAUACACAGCGGCGAGAAACCAUAUUCCUGUUCAGUUUGUGGUUCACGUUUUACACAAAGUCAAGAUUUGAAAAAACACAUGAGAGUGCACACGGGAGAGAAACCAUUUGUAUGCUCUGUUUGUGGUAAUAGAUUCUCUCGGAAAGAGCAUUUGACAAGACACACAAGGAUACACACUGGAGAGAAACCUUAUUGCUGUUCCGUGUGCAGCAUACGUUUUGUGCGAAAAGAUGAGUUGAACAUACACACAAGAAUACACACUGAUGAGAAACCUUUUUGCUGCCCAUUGUGCGGUCUAAGUUGCGUACGAAAUCAACAUUUGAAAAUACACAUGAGAACACACACUGGAGAAAAACCAUAUGCUUGUUCAGUGUGUGGUUUUCGUUCUGUCCGAAAUCAAGAUUUGAAAAAACACAUGAGAACACACACUGAGGAUAAAGACUUCAGUUGCAGUGUGUGUGAUGGAAGAUUCUCUUAUAAUUAUCAGCUUAACAAGCACGAGUAUGCUGGUGAGAACAGCAGCAGGAAAUGAAGCUGCAGGACUUUUAAGUAAAACUGGCAAGAUGUUGAUAACUUAGUUUGUAACGACAUCACCUCAGGCAAUGUGUGACAUCAUUGAUGUGUGUUUAACACAAUAUUGUUAUAUGCUUUACCAUUUAAAUGCAAAUUAAGAUAGUGGAAAAAAAGCUGUUACAGAGCGUCAGUUUUGUUUAAUUAAAUGGCAAGCAUGAGCUCACACCCCCGGCCCCCACUCAGCACCCCGAGCACCGAAACACAUUUCCAUCAACACACGAAAGCGAGUCUUACCUAAUGUCUUAUGUCUUAUUUUGUCUUACUAUGUCUACUAGAUUGGGUAAUUGGAGUGUAAAGGUGACUAUACAGUAUAUUUAUAAUAUAUUUAUUAUAUCUAUACUAUAUAUUUAAAAGGUUGUAAACAGGGUUUUUUAUGCUCUUUAACUACGAAAAUAUUUCAUUAAUAAAUAAGGAAUCCUACUUCACGGAAAUUCACCUAUCAUGGUUGGGUCUAGAACCAAUUAACCGUGAUAAACAAGGGAUUACUGUACUCACCCAUUAUCCAACUAUGUUCUGUUCUAUUUCGUUUGUCAAUUCCACGUCUAAUCACUACCACACUUAUUACUUACUCCUAUUUUUUAUGAGUUCUUUGUCAUGACUCACCUAUUAUCAAACUGUUUUGUUAUGUCUAUUUCAUAUUAUUGAUUAGGAUUGUCAAAUCAAGUAGUUAAGGUGACAAGAAAUCUGACGAAAUUUGAAACUUGACUGUUUUUCCAACUAUUUAUCACAUUAUCAUUGUUUUUACAUUACAUUACAUUAUCUCAUUAAUUUUCAAUGUAUUCAACUAGAAGAGAGUGUAUUUGAAAUACAGGAAGAGAACAAAUGUAUUGCGAUUAAUGUAAAACGGAUGGGGGGUUUGAUUAAAUAAGCUUUGCUUCUUCCUACUCCUUUUGGACAUGUGGAACUGUGAAUUGUAAUAUGUGAUGUAUUCCACUGUAAUUUGUAUGCAUGUUCAAAUUAAUGAAACCAUUACCAUGUCCGGUUAGUAUGAUGGCCAUGCAGCAAUUGGGAUGUUUUCAGUUUCCAGGAACUGUGUGCAGAUCCUUGCAAGAUGGGGUCGUGCAUUGUCAUGCUGCAACAUGAGGUGAUAGGCGUGGAUGAAUGGCACAACAAUGGACCACAGAAUCGUGUCACGGUAUCUCUGUACAUUCAAAAUGUCAUCAUUAAUUUGUGCCUGUGUUCGAUGUCCAUAACAUACGCUUGUCCAUACCGCAACCCCAGCCUCCCAUGAGCCACUCCAUUACAACACAGCUGCAUUUUACUGAUAGCAUUUUGAAUGACGAGAUCCAGAGUUCCAUUGUAACGGCAUUCAUCCACAACCAUCACCUCAUGUUGUAGCACGAUAAUGUACAGCCUCCUGUGCGUGUAUAUACAUAUAUGUGUGUAUAUAUCUAUAUAUGCGUGUGUCCGAUCGAGUCUUUGAGCAUGAACUGAUGAAGCCUGCUCAGAUGAGAGGCGAAACAUCUUCUAAGACAACCUGAACAACCAGUUGCAAUUGAUUAGAUGCCCUGAGUAUACAAUGACACAGAUGAAUGAGAAUAUUCACAGAUAUAUUUAUUUUAAUGGUUUUAUUUAUUUUUAUUCUUUAAAAUACCAUUUUCACAUAUAUGAUUUUGUCGUGUUUUUCUAUUGUUGUAUAUUAGCUGGGCUAUAUUGUAAAUCACCCCACUACCUCAAUAUAC